GACCCACGAGACCCAAUCAAUCUGCCAUUCAGCAGGAAGGCGCUGGCAAUCUUCUUCCUCUGCUUCUUCGGCGCCCUGGCUUCCGCUGCAGAACUGAUCCUGGGUGCCAUGCUUCCCGUCUUCGCCCUCCAAUAUGCUCACCUCAACCCAAAGACCAUCCUUCCUUUACUCACCGCAAAUGGAGGCCUGCCGAAGGGAAGCGACCCGCUGAAAGUGCUUUCCGAGCUUCCCAGUGCCAAGCCCAUCUGGGAGGUAUAUCUGCUUGCCUCUCUACCAGUCCUGGUAAUGGGACUUGCCAACCUGGCCCUGAUUCCACUCGCUAUCUCAAUCGGCCGACGACCAGUAUUGCUGAUAUGCGGUGUGAUCGCAAUUGGCGGGGCUGUAUGGGCAGGAUUCAGCCAAUCUCUGGAAUCUCAUCUUGCAGCACGAUGCAUUCAAGCGAUAGGAGCGGGCACGGUUGAGAGCUUGAUUCCAUUCAUCGUUCAAGAUAUGGUCUUCGUCCACGAGCGAAACACAUGGAUCUCCUGCGUCUUUGCUGCACAAGGUGUCAUUAUCAUCGGACUGGGAAUCGGGACGCCAUACAUCAUUCUCGACUUGACCUGGCGCUGGGUCUACUACAUCACUGCUUCAUUUGCUGCAUUCUUUUUGACCGGCGUUUUCUUCUUCCUGCCAGAGACGAGAUGGCACCGAACUCGAGCCGAGAUGAAUGGCGUGCCCCGCCCAGAAGAAGACCAGACCUAUGCACCAAGAACAUUCCGAUACGACAUUGCCCUCUUCCACGGAAAGAAAGAGUGGCGAAAGGGCUGGACCGCAUUCAUCGACACCCUCGUGACUUUCUUCUACCCACAAAUCUUCUUCAUCACAAUGCUGAACAGCGCCAUGAUCGCCGCAGCAUUCGCAGCCGGCUACACCGUUGCACCCGCACUUCUGACCCAACCCUGGUCCUGGAGCUUCCUCCGUCUCGGUCUCUGUCUGGUCCCAGUCCUGAUCGCCGCCGUCGCCGUGGGUCUUCUCACAGGCUUCUUCGCAGACUGGACAGCGAACAUGGUAGCUCGCAAACGUGGUAAGCGUUCACCUGAGAACCAACUCCUGAACCUCAUCCUCCCAACUCUCACAGCCCUCGUGGGUGCCAUCAUCUUCGGUCUCGCCGGCUCAAACCAAGACCAAUACCACUGGUCCGUCUUCCUCCUCGGCCUCGGCCUCAUGGCUUUCGGUUUCCUAGGUGCCAAUACCGUCGGCGCCGUCUACGUCCUCGAAUGCUAUCCCCACCUCGCCGGACCCUCGCUCGUCAACAUCGCAUCUUUCCGCUGUCUAAUCGCUUUCAUCCUCUCGUUCCGAGUUUCCGAAUGGGUCGCAAAUUUCGGAUACCUCCACUCCAUGCUGAUAUAUGUCGGCAUCAUCGGAGUCUUCGCUCUGCUCAUUCCGGUCGUGUAUAUUUACGGACCGAGCUGGAGGAAACGUUGGCCUGCUACUCAUCGAGGCGGUGGAUGGUAG